UUAACAUUAUUAUAGGAAUGGAGAUUGAUAAUUUUUUUUUGUUACAGACCCAAAAGUGGUUCGAUGCUUCUAUACAGCCGCAAGAAGGUACGUUACCGGCGCGAUGGUUACUGUUGGAAGAAGCGAAAAGAUGGAAAGACCACCAGAGAAGAUCAUAUGAAACUGAAGGUGCAGGGAACGGAGUGCAUCUACGGGUGCUACGUUCAUUCAGCCAUCCUGCCAACAUUCCAUCGAAGAUGUUACUGGCUUUUACAGAAUCCCGACAUAGUCUUGGUGCACUACUUGAAUGUUCCGUACCCAGAUGACAACAAGCUAGCGACGGUGGCGCCCAGCCUAGCACUGUGGGCUGACAAAAAGGAGUGGACGAAGGAUGAGCUAGUCAGCCAGUUGAAACCGAUGUUUUUCAGCGAGGAUGAACCAGAUCUCAACAGCGAUUUGGAAAUAUCGGGAAAAAUGUUUCAGACAGCGGAGACAGUUGAAGCAAUUGUUGGCCAGCUGAUGGAGAAGCAACGUGCAGCGAGGGCAGCUGCUUUAGCUCGGCAACUCGAGUGUGGUUGUCCAGACUCCACCUGCCAAGAUUCGAGGACGUGCGCCCAUCCAUUACGAAGGAUGCAAACCGCUAAACCUCCUCCAUCUGAUCACCACGUUUCGUCAACUACGGGUCCUUCACCAAGACCUAUGGCACAGCCACCAAGACAGUAUACACGAGAUCAUCGACCCUCAACACAAUCGUCGCCGUUGCUGCUCUCCUUAGGUCAGAUACAGGGAGGCGGAGGAUUACUCAUAUUGAAUGGAACGAGUAAUAGUUCACAGCAACACUCAUCGCUAGUUUCGCCUCUAUCAGUAACGUCCUUUGUGUGUGAAGAGCCAAGGGAAAGGUAUCGACAGCAAUAUAAACCGACAUUUGUCCUGAAAAGGGAAAUUCCUGAUAGUCAACAGACUACAGGAAUAAAUGCCACUGAGUCGACAUUCGAAGUAGAAACUCGUGUUGAAGAAAAGGUAGAAGUAGAAAAUUUUGAUAGGAAAAUUAAAAUUGAGCCAAGAAGUCGGAAUCAUAUAGUUGCUAGUGCACCAACUACGCCGUCUCGGUACCCCGAUUUAGUUGAACGCUUAGAAAAUAAAGUACAGGUGGAAAACUGUGAUGAUACGUUAAUACUGUUAGGAACAGAUGGCCAUUUAGAAACUUCUAGUGGAUUUUUUGAUGAAACAUUGGAAUUAUCUCAUGAAGAUAUACAAAAAACUUUGUCAGCAAAUAUGCCAACUUGUGAGUUGGAUCGAAGUGUAGUGAGGUCUGAGACAGCUAAUGUUAUGGUAUCUGGAAUAGAUACGAUGGAUUUCAUUGAAAGUUGUGAAGCAGUAGCAUCACCUACACAUGUCGUAGAUGAUAAUGUAUUUGUAAAUCUGGACGCUUUUGAUAUGCUCGGUGAUUUUCCAGAAUUGGAAGUAUUAGAUCCAAGUACCAUAUCAACGAACCCUGUGACUUUGUGCGGUAAUUCUCCUCCGGCUGAAGAAAAUAACGAUAAAAUGCAAACUGAUAGUCCAGGUGAAGGUGCUUUGAGCAUCACAGAUUAUUCUCCAGAAUGGGCGUAUCCUGAAGGAGGCGUAAAGGUGCUAGUAGCAGGGCCUUGGACGGAUACUUCAGAUCAAUAUACUAUUCUCUUUGAUAACUUUCCGGUGCCCUCAAUUUUAGUACAAAAUGGCCUUCUUCGAUGCUAUUGUCCUGCUCACGAAGCUGGUUUAGCAGCAAUGCAGGUAGCUCGUGGAGGCCGCGUUGUCUCUGACACGGUAGUGUUUGAAUAUAAAGCUGGUCCAGUUCUAGCGCCAUCAUCGCCAGCUUCAGCGCCUCUACCAUCGUUGGAUUUUAGACGUUUUUCGCUACUACAGCGCUUACAGCGUCUACACGAACGCUUACAAUUGAAAACGGAACCUAUGGAUGAUAACAAUCAGAUAGAAGACGUUAAGCUAUACACUAACCCAAAAUUUGAAGACCGUUUAGUAUCAUUUUGCCAAUUGAUAAGCAGUAGGUCUUUCGGGAAUUCAGAGGGCUUUACUACAGACCCUGGGGAAGACAGCUCAACGAUCCUGCAUUUGUCUGCAGCUUUGGGAUAUACGAAGCUGACAACAGCGUUGUUGCGAUGGAGGCAAGAUGACAAUAGCUUAGCUUUAGAAAAGGAAGUCAAUUUAGGUGCAAGAGACUGCGAUAACUGCACGCCAUUGAUGCUCGCAAGUGCGGCGGGGCACGUGGAGACCGCAGUGGUGCUGGCGCGCUGGAGCGCGGGCACGCGGCGCGAGGCGGGCGCGCGCGCCGCCGCCGCCGCCGCGCGCCGCGCCGGACACGCGCGCCUCGCCGCGCUGCUCGACCGCAUACACCCGCCCGCCGGCGACGCGGUCUUCCGGCGGCCGCACAGCUUGUCCCAAAAGAGCCGGGUUGGAAGCUUAGAGAGUAAUCUCGUGAAGAGACCGUCAAUUGAUAGUGGCAUCAACAUGGCUGAUGCCUUCAGAUCCAGUUCUGCUAUAGACAGGAACGAUAGCAGUUCUUCAGCCAGAUGGGAGAGAAGUAUGUCAUUACCAUUAGAUUCCGACAAUUCCGAAGAUAGCCUCGGCGAUUCCAAAAUCGGACGAAGGAUGGAUCUCGCUCUCUGGGAGCAGGAUGACCGAGUGUUUACGUUGGCAGAGCAGAUCAUAGCGGCUAUGCCAGAAAGAAUAAAGAACGAAAGCUCUUCGCUUCUAAGCGGCUGCGACCUGGACAGCGGCGCCGGAGGCAGCGAGGACGCGCUGAUGGUGCCCCUCCUUGACGACACCACCACCUUCAGCAGCGACUUCAGCUUCGAGUUCUGUGACAAUACUUACAGAUACUGCGGCGGUUCGACCCCAUGUUCUUCAGGAUCAGUGUCGCCGGGGUCAGCGCUGUCCCCUCCUCCAGAGUCACCGCGGACUUCACUACCCACGUCAUCAGCAACUCUUCAGGAAUUCUUGAACACUACUACGCAUUUUUCAAGUCUCACUCUCAAUGAUCGCGAGCAACGCGAGUUGUACUCGGCCGCGAUAACCAUCCAGAAGGCGUACCGCCAGUACCGCGGCCGGCAGCUGCAGCGGCGUGCCGCCGCCGCCGCCAUCACCAUACAGAACUGCUAUCGGCGCUACAAGCAGUUCGCGUACCUGAAGCAGAUGCACGCGGCGGCGACGGUGAUCCAGCGCGGCUACCGCUCGCUGCGGGAGCGCCGCCUCGUCGCCGCGCCCGUCAAACGGACAUACUCUCAGAGGCGUCAAAAUCAGGCAGCGAGAAAAAUACAACAAUUUAUGAGGCAGUCCAAAAUCAAGUUGCAGAGCGAACGAGCCGCAAACGCGAAGGUGGCCCGGCUAUCCCCGGAUGCCCACCAAAACUUGUCGCAGCCCACCACCAGUACAGCACCCACGCCCAAUAGAAUCAUUGACUACUUAGCACCUGAAUCACCAAUGGACGCAGAUGAUGACCUUUUGAUCGAGCUUCUGUUUAAAAUGUGA